AGAUAAGCCUUUUGGGGUAUGACAAGUGAAAAGCUCGGCAACCCUGGUAGCUGUCAUUUUGACUUUUGCGCCAUUCGGAGAAAACCAAUUUACAACUAAAUCAUUUAACGAUAAUAAGCAAGCAAAAUGAGCGCUCUUGUUGAUAACAAUUUCUCGGACAACGACGACAAUGACUCCUUCCAUUCCUUCAACGAAAGCGAGCAUUUCCUGGACAACCUGAGCCCCUCGCUCUCGGAGAGCGACUGCGACAGCGCCGCGGACCUCGAUUCCGGAUCGAAGGAUGAGACCUCCUUGGAGGAAAUGAUUGAGAUACCCACCCACCUGAUCCAGGGCGUUGUGAAGUCUUCGAAGACCACGCUUCCUGGCGCCUCACCCGUUUUUGAGGUCCAUUCCAGCGACUCCUCCACCGGCGAUGGCGGCUCCGCCGGCAAGCCCACACAGAAUGCGGCUUGCUUCAAGUCUCCCAUAAAGUUUACCAUAUCGCCGAUAAGUCAGCAGCAGAGCCCCAUGCCACGUUGCCACAGAGAUGUUCCGGAGCUUUCCUCGAAGCAGGUACCCUGCAACGAACUCUUCAACCUGGACCAUCCAGUUACGAUCAGAAAAGAGCACCUAACCACCAAUCCCAAGACGAUGGCACUGCAAAAGCACGCCUUCACCGAGAUUUGGAUCGAUUCGCAGCAGAAACCUUGCCAGGCCAAGGUCUCCCGCUUGCGCGAGUUUUCCAUGGCCCUGGAGGCCUAUUUCGACAAGGAUUCAUCUAAGAUCGCAAGUGAUGCUAACUUGGAAGCUGCCACGAAGGACGUCGAGUCGACAAAAACCAUCAUAACUCCUCCGCAAACAGACAAAUCCGUGGAGAAGGAGUAUGUGUCCCCCUUUCCGGACAUACCAAUACCACCACCAGCUCGAAUUGAAACUCCUAUGUUGGCCGGAGUUAAGGCGCCCAUUAUAGUGCCAGCUGGCUUCGAUUUGACCCGAUUGGUGGAGUUCAAGAAUCCCAAUCACUGGCAUCGUCGUGCGCACAUGCGCACUGGCGAUAGCAUAUACUAGACAUAGAACAUCAUCUUGAUCAACACUCAACUACCUUGCUACUUUCAUAAUCACCACUCAACUUUUAUGGCAUCAUACUAAUCUAUACUGAACUAGUAUUAUCAUAGCACCACCUGCGCUGACCGAUUGGACAUUCUUUUUGUUAACUGAUAUCUUUCUGCAAUAAAGGAUUCAGAACUACCAAAGCAA